UCAUGUGACGUAAUAUUAUUGCGGUUCUUAAUGCAAGGCUUCCCUACUUAUCACGCACUUGUGACGUUUUAAAAAUGCAGAUUAAUGCACAUACUCUGCAAGGUAUCUUUUGAUGCAAUGUGGCAGCUUUUGUUCUAGCUAUCGGAUGAAAGUUCCAAGAUGUCACUGAAGUUAGUCUUUGUUAUUCUUGCGAGCUCCGCUGUUUAUGCAGAUCUCGGAAUCGACAUUGAUUUACAAUCCUUCCAUUGCGAUGACAACGUGGGCGGGAACCGGGAUUGUAACAGGCGCGAACUCGACACUCGCAUUCUUGUCAAUGGUGAAUUCGCAAUAAGAAAGAAACGAGGAUGGAAUAUUGUUGUUGUCGACCAUAGGACUGGAAACAUUGAAGCAGCUAAGAAUUUUGACACCUGGGGUUCGAAAAUAGCUAACACUCGAAUGGAGAGCUUCAUAACGAAUAUCAAGAACAAGCGGAUUGUGUUGGGCGUGGCUCAUGACAAAUGGGGUUAUAACAUGGAUCACAGAGGCAUAAGAGCAUUGAAUUCAAUCACUGGCUCUGGUUUCUCAAUUAGAAAACAGAGUGCAGCUGCUUUUAUUGGCUAUAAAGACUCAUUUGCGCUUCCAGAUGAUUUUGCUGAAUGGGUGUUCACCCCUAAAGGCAAAGGCCCGGCUCAUUUACACGUGAUCGUCGGAAAAAUCAAAUACGGCAACGAUAUGCAUUUUACAUUGAAGUCACAGGGCUCGCUUGACAACGGCAAGUUGAAGCUGGACGAAAUGGAAGGCUACCUCAGAUAUGAAGGGAAAAAAACAGCCCCGCAAAUGGGUCUCAGCGUGUUGACGAUUGACCAUAGAACUGGUAAAAUCUUUGAUGAAAAUCGCUUCAAUGUCCAUGAUUUUGAAAAAGCUGCAGACGAUGCCGUAGCCUAUUUUCAAAAACUGCCAAGGAACCUGAUAGUCCUCGGUACGGUCUUUGCUGAUGUGACGCGUAAGGCAGGCCCAAAAUUACCUUCUGUGUUGUCAAAGAUCACCUUCACGCCCUUUCCAAAAGAUUUUGGCGUCUCCUGGGUCUUUGUUGGCUAUACAGGCGGAAAAUCAGCGUUACCUGCCCUAGAUUUUCCGUUGGCAAGAAUGACAAAAAAGAUACAACCAAAGCAUUUGCGUAGGCAUUUCUUGAAGCUUCACUAUUUCACAAGAAGAGGAGAGGUUGACGAAUGCACCAAUGGACAAGCAAUGUGUGGUGCAAACACAGAAUGUCGGAACACAAUGGGUUCUUAUGAAUGUCCAUGCAAAGAAGGUUUUAAAAAAGUACAAAAUGACUGUGUCGACAUAGACGAAUGCCAAGAUGGAACAGCAGUUUGUAGCAAAAUAAGCAAAUGCAUAAACACAGCUGGUUCUUACAAAUGUGACUGUGGGAAAAAUAGCGAUACGGCGAAGCAUGGAGUAAAUUGCAAAGACGUCAGUAUUGCUGUAUACUCAUCACAUUGUUUUCACAAAAAUCCAAAAAAUUACAUUUGCAAAAAGUUGCCCAUCAGGAUUGAAUUGGAUGGAGAUAAUUUGUUGCGUAAGCAAGAAAGGGGGUUCAAAAUCAUUGUUCUAAACAGUCAAACAGGAAAUAUCGAGAAAUCGAUGACAUUUGAUACAUGGCGAGAUAAAAAUGAAGGCAACAAGCUUGUAUAUGCAUUGUAUACGUUGGAAAAAUUGAAAAUUGUUGUUGGUGCUGUAAUGAGUGACGAAAUUAAACAUGUGCCUGUUACUGCAUGGACGAUGAUUAAACAACUGACGGGUGUCAAAGCUCCAUCAAAGUUUAUGGGUGCAUUUGCCUUCAUCGGGUUUUCUGGACCAGGAGUCCCUGCAUGGGCUGCAGCAAAAUCAACACAACUUUAUGCCGGGCCGUUAAUCGUUAAAUCUCGGUUUCAGCUGUUGCCUGCACCACCGUUCUUGUCAGUGAAUAUUGUGUCUUCCGGCUUCACAAAAAGUAGUAUUGCAACGACAGAAAUAGAGUUACAAGGAAAGCAUUUAUCGAGCGACUUGAGACCGGGCUUCAAUAUCGCAGUUUUGAGUGGCUGGACUGGAACAUUAGAAGCAGUUCGCAGUUUUGAUACCCGAAGUAAAAUGAAUACUGACGUCAGCAAAAUGGUUGCAUUCUUAAACAAUUUGCCGGUUGAUCGAAUAGUAGUUGGUGUCGUCAAGGGCGACGGAUACAGCGGGAUUCAAAAUAAUGCAGACGCUCAACAAGCCCUAGGUCGACUGAUAGCUGCUCCAGCUAGCCUGAAAACUACUGGCUCAAGCUACGCGUUUAUCGGUUCGACUUACACUGGAACAAGCAAAAAGCCGUCUUUCGUCGAUCAGCUUGCUGUCGAGCCAUGGAAAGGCCCUGCCAAACUGUCACCCAUUAUUGGAUUCGGGUCUAAAGUAAAAGAGAUCACCGUAAAGCUUGUAUCAACGGGAUGUGAUGACCAAGGACCCCACAGAAUCGGAGGUGUGAAAUGUCACGAAGCUGCUUCCUCCAUUGCAAUCAAUGGAAAGGAACUGGCAUUAAAUGGCAGAGGCAUUAACAUCGUUGCCAUCAGCCGAAUAUCGGGUCAUGUUCUAAACAGAAAGAGGUUCGACACAGCGAGAGCCCAUUCCGAGGCUACAAAGAUGGUGGAAUUCAUCAUGGCAUUGCCUCUUUCUGCAGUGGUCUUUGGUGUUGUUAAAGGUGAUGCAUACGAAUAUGCGCACACAGCAGCGUUGAAAAGUGCAAUGAAGGGACUACUUGGUCAAGAACCAGCUAAAUUUGUCAUGCGUGGAGCUUAUGCGUUUAUUGGAUAUAAAGGAAAAGUUAAAGAGGCUUGGGUACAACAAAAACACACACCUCAUCGAAAAGGAGGCGUGUACUUGACAGCGAAAAUUCCUUUACGUCCAGAACUGACGCUUAAACUUGAAUCAAUGGCAUGCGACGAUCAUAGUGCUGGUGACUGCAACCUUAACAAAAACAUCAUCAAUAUAAAUGGGAAGGAUUACUCUAGAAAUGGUCGCGGGUUCAACCUCGCCGUUAUUGAUUUCGGAAGUGGCGAUAUCGAGAAGACUGCCAAUUUUGACACGUGGGAUCGCAACGGAAAGGGCUCAGAACAAAUGGAGGAAUUUAUAAAAGGAAUACAAAAGAACAAAAUUGUGAUUGGUGUCAUCAAAGACGAAGGGUAUACAAAUUUGAAAAUGGGGGCGAAGACAGCCAUUGCAUCUUUGAUUCACAAACGGAUGAUAUCAUUCGACGCGUAUCGACAGUCAUACAUUUUUGUAGGUUCCACUUCAAGAAAAAAGUAUCACUGGGUACAAGAGAAGCGCUCGCAAAGAUUCACAGGUCCUACAAAACUAGAAUUGGGCAUCCCAUUGAUUGAGUCAGGAUGCGUAUUACCUACUGUUCCUACCAACGGCAAACUCAAAAAAAUCGAAUAUGACGUCACUCAAGAAGCACAAUAUAGGUGCCAGACAGGGCUUCGUUUAAACAAGCGGCCACAAACAUGCAGUAAAACGGGAAAGUGGACGGGAGAAGUGCCAUCUUGUCUGGGGUUCUCUUUUGGUGGAAGCGGAGGAGCUGCUGGUGGAGGCGCAGGUGGAUCUUCGUCGUCAUCGUCAUCCUUACAAUUCAGCUCAAUGAUUGUGACUGUUACGUCGAUGACGUCAUUGCUUGCGAUUGCAAGAACUUGAAGUAAU